AUGGAGGCAAAUGUUAAUACAAUAUCAGACAGUACAAAUUUGAUUGAAGUGUAUGUUCCAAUUGCUCCACCACAACGAAGUAAGAUAGGUCCUCAAAGGAGUCUGGGAGUAUAUGUUGGCUUUAGGGGGAGGAGAAAAGAAACAGCUGGAAAAAAAAUUACAUGGAAUGCACAAUUACUAUCUCAAUUUGAUCCUCAUACAAAUCAAUGUGAACUUGAAGUUCAAACAAUAAUUCAUUUGCAAAAUAUUGCAAAUCAAUUACCUGAUGCAUUCACUGACCCAAAGAAAAUUACAAAAUCACAUGUUCCAGCUGAAAAUGCUUCAGUUCGAAUUGAAGUCUCAGAAGGAAAAUAUGCUAAUGAGUCUAAAGCAUGCUUGGAGUGUGGUAGACCAGUCGGUUCCAAAGAUAAGAAUCAUCGAAAAAGAAAAGGAACAAAUAAUCAGGAUGGUCCUAAUGAAGAGGCUGAUAAUUUUGAGGGAUAUAUUGACAUAAACAAUCUCAAAUCUCUUGAGGAGAUCUAG